UAAACUGAAAUCGAAAUGCCUAAUCCUUAUUUAACUGUUCUGGUCCUCAACCUUUCUUCUUCAGUAACUCUCGGAGACCUCAAUGCAUAUUUCUCUAACUGUGGCCAUGUCGAGAAAAUCCAGCUUCUGGGUGGGAAUAGAGACCAAUCACAGUCAGCUCUGAUAUCUUUUAGGCAGCCAUAUGCUUAUCAAACAGCUCUUCUCCUUAAUAAUGCUAUUUUUGCAGGCCGACAAAUUCGAGUUCUGCCGAAGAAUGAUGCUGCGGAUCCUCCGGUCUCAUAUAGAACAAUUCCUAUUGUUUCCGAGGGUUUUGGUGUUAGAGGGACAAUGCAGAAUAAUUCAUCAAAGAGCAAAUGUACAUCUGCCUGUCACCAAUUGAUGGUGGACAAUGCCAAGAACCGACUAAAUUUUCUCCAAGAACAGUUCAGCGGUCUUCAAGCCGCUAGGAAGGAAGGUCGAGCCGGUGAUGUUGCAGUGUUAGAGGAGCAAGUUUAUCAGAACCUUCGUGAGUGGAAAGCUGAGCUCUGCACACCAUCCCAGGCCUCAUCUUUAUUGGAUAGUCUUGGAUCGUUUUCUCAUGAUAUAAACCGAUUGUUGCAAAUUUACGAGGAAGAAGAUGAUGCCACAAGUGCAUUAAAGGAACCACCAGUGCUGAAGCCUGAGGUUGAUGAUCAAAGCCUAAAUCCGGGUAAUUUACCUCUAUUUCCAGAGGACUAUUUUGUGAAUCAUGAGCCACCAGAACAAUCAUUUCAAGGGUUUGAUUUAUGUAAAGUUUCUACCUCAGCUAAUGCUGACAUGAAUUAUCAAUUGGAUUAUCAUACAUUUGAUUUACAACAAGAGUUUGACCAUGGGCUUCCCAUUGGUGCCAAUGCGACUGAAGAUUAUGUGAAGGAUGCUAGCCCCAACAUACUGUCGAAUAUCUCUCCUCCACCAUCUGCUUUCAUGGGGCCGAAGUGUGCUCUCUGGGAUUGUACAAGGCCGGCCCAAGGAUCUGACUGGUAUCAUGACUACUGUAGCAGUUUUCAUGCUACCCUAGCUGUGAAUGAAGACCCCCCUGGCACAACUCCAAUUCUACGCCCUGGUGGAAUUAGCUUAAAGGAUAAUUUACUACUUGAUGCAGUUCGAGCAAAGGCACAGGGUAAGAACGUUGGCAUUCCUCAAUGUGAAGGUGCUGCUACCAUGAAAUCACCUUGGAAUGCUACAGAGCUUUUUGAUCUUUCUUUACUUGAGGGUGAAAUAAUAAGGGAGUGGCUCUUCUUUGAUAAGCCUAGGAGGGCAUUUGAGAGUGGAAACAGAAAGCAGAGGUCGUUACCAGAUUACUCUGGACGUGGUUGGCAUGAAUCAAGGAAGCAGGUGAUGAAGGAAUUUGAGGGCCAGAAGAGGUCAUACUACAUGGACCCUCAACCGGCUGGGAAAUAUGAAUGGCACUUGUUUGAAUAUGAGAUCUAUGGCUGUAAUGCUUUUGCUUUAUAUAGACUGGAGCUGAAGCUUGUCAAUCAAAAGAAAAGUCCGAAAGUGAAAGUUCCUAAGGAUUCGCUCGCCGAUCUGCAGAAGAAAAUGGGAAGGCUUACUGCUGAAGUUCCUGGAGAUGGCAAAUCUCCUGGUAAGGGCAAGACGAAGGUCAACAAGAAAGUUGCCGCCGAAAUUGCUGAUUCGGCUCAAGACGGACAAGCUUGAAUUAUGGUUCUAAUGUUCCAAACAGCAGAAAAUUGACUAGUUUGUUGUGCAUUUGGAAUCUAAACAUCAAGCUAGCUUUAGUUGGUCUAUAGAUAGAGAUCAAAUAUUGCGAAGCCAUUUUCUGAAAUUACUUUUUCUUUAAAUCCUUCUUCGGUUGCUGCUUGGUGACUUCUAUUCUACAAGGGAGCAUCUGGUGCAUCACUCCAUAAACUAGAAUAUGGAAUAUACUGUUUAACUGCUUAUAGAUGGUGUUUCGUGUACAGAGCAAGUUAGAAACUUCUAUCAUAUUAAACUCGGGAGGUAAAUGGUAAUUGUAGAUGAAAAAAGUUCCAUAGGGAGACAUAUUGAAUUCUCCCUAAUGGUACUGCAUUGUUUUAUCUUCCUAAUGGUGUUUGCAUUUUUAAGUUUAUUAUGUGGUGGUUGUUUGGACUUC